GAAGAAAAGCCUCCCAAACAAAGCUGGGUUAGCGAUUUAGAGGUGGUGAUCUCAGAAGAGUAUCUAGAGCGCACACUUCCAGCGCUAGUUGUGGUUUCCCGAUAUGCAUCUGUGAAGCAGGCGCGUGUUCUUGACAGUUGUCAUAUGUCCGUGGCACCUUUACAGCCAAACUCCUGAUAUUCACACUCACAGACUGACUCCAAACAGGCCAGGCUAGCCUAGGCUACACACGCAGACGAGAAUUUAGAAUGGUUAGGUUAUUCUAAAGUGUUUCAAGCUUUUCAGACAUAUGACAGAAUUAGCCUACUAGGCCCUAUUCACCAAGCUGUAUCUACAGCACUAGGCCUACAAAGUGCAUUCCCUCCAAAUCACCUGUGAUAAUGUCCCUAAUUGUUGCCUCGCUGCCCGUGGUUGUCAUAGUGACAGUCCGUUACGGUGCGGAUCUGUUAGCUUUCUGCCGACAGCUGUUCAACCAGGCUGUGAGGCUCACGCGAGGUCACCCGGCAGUGAGCAUAGACAAGACCCACGCCUUUGUCUUCUCCAACUGCACCCAUGGCCAAGUGGACAGCGUGCUGGAGACCUUCCACCUGUACAGCGACUCACACCCGUCUCUGUGCAUUGGCCAAGUGAAAGGUGACUUUCUGGAUGAGGUUGUGAGUAAUGCUGCCCCAAGGCUGGUGCUGGAACUAGGGAUGCAUUGUGGGUACUCGUCGGUCCGCAUCCUGCGUCUGCUAGGUCCUGCUGGCAGGCUGCUUGCAGUAGAGCAGGAUCCUGAGACGGCCGAUAAAGGGGAAGAAAUCAUCUUAGUGGCUGGCUUCAAACACCCACAGUUCCAGGUGUUGACGUGUCCCUCAGCAGAGGCUGUUGCUAGGCUACAGGCCCACAUGGAUGAUGCCCAGGGCCUAGAUCUGAUUCUGAUGGACCACAACGUGGAGCAGUACCUACCAGACCUGCUGGCCCUGGAGAACUGUGGUGUCCUCUCCCCGGGCUGUGUGCUUCUGGUCAACGGCAUCUUCUGCACGGAGGCAAGGCCCUUCCUGGAGCACAUCCAGGCCCGGCCACAGUGCUACACCCAGCGCAGGCAGCUACAGGGGAUGAUGGAACUGACCUGGAACCGGCCGUCAGAUGUGUGUUAGAAGGAUGAGAGGCUAGAUGAAUUCCUGGAUUCUACAGAUGCCCCAGACUCGCUGCGGGCGUUGCUGGCGUCCGUGUGAGCUGCAAUAAAGUGAUUAGAUGCUCUAAAAGCGAUAAAGUA